CAGGGAAGGGAGCAGCACUUCCUACUUCAAGCACCAUUCUUCAAGCACUGUUAGAGGGCCUGAGAGGAAUGGAGUAGAGAAAAACCGAGAGGAGAGCUUUCGUUGCAGCCACUUUAGCCUCUUCUCAGCUCGUGGACUCGGUCCGGGGAAUGAGCGUCGAGGGAGAGAGCAGCUCGGACUGGAAGCUCGACACGGUGCAGUGGGCCACAAUGGCAGCGGCAUGAGGGAUUUUACAGGGGGCCUCGAAACUUCUGAAAGUUGGACACCGCGCGAAAAAGCGUCGAGAUGAAGAAGCAGUUCAACCGUAUGAAACAGCUCGCCAACCAGACGGUUGGAAGAGCGGAGAAAACAGAAGUUCUCAGCGAUGACCUUCUACAGAUUGAGCGCCGCAUGGAGACGGUGCGGAUGGCCUCACAUAAUGCACACAAGAAAUUGGUCUCCUGUCUGCAGGGUCACGUGGGCACAGAUGUGGAAAAGAGACAUAAAAAGCUGCCUCUGUCAGGCCUUUCUCAGGCCAUGCUGGAUGGAGGGAGCCAGUUAGGAGAUGAGUCCAUGAUCGGGAAGAUGAUGGAGGUGUGUGGGGAAGCUGAAAAUAAGCUUGCCUAUGAGCAGAGCCAACACGAGGUCCAGCUGGAGAGAGACAUUCUGGACCCACUCAAUCAACUAGCAGAGGUUGACAUUCCUAAUAUCUUGAAGCAGAGGAAGCAGCUAGCUAAGCUUGUACUGGAUUAUGAUUCUGCAAGAGCAAGAUAUCUUCAGGCCACCAAGGCGAUUCUCACAGCCACAAACAAUCAGGCGAUGGCUGCCAAAGCUGACUCACUCAAGGAGGAGAUGGAUGAAGCCCAUAACAAAGUAGAGAUAUGUAAGGAUCAGCUGGCUGCUGACAUGUACAGUUUCUCCUCCAAGGAGGGAGAAUAUGCUCGUUAUUAUGUCAUGUUGUUAGAGGCCCAGGCUGACUACCACAGAAGAUCUCUGGUCUCCAUUGAAAGCCUUCUGCCCACCAUCAGAUCACAGCAAGACACGUGGACGGAGAAGCCAGCGUUUGGCACAGCACUGGAGGAACAUUUGAAGCGCAGUAACAGAGAGAUUGCUCUCCCUAUAGAGGCAUGCGUGAUGAUGCUGCUGGAGACUGGCAUGAAAGAGGAGGGAUUGUUCCGUAUCGCUGCAGGAGCCUCUAAACUGAAGAAGCUUAAGGCAGCACUGGACUGUUCCACUUCCCAGUUGGAGGAGUUCUACUCAGACCCCCAUGCUGUAGCUGGAGCCCUGAAGUCUUACCUGAGGGAACUGCCUGAGCCUCUGAUGAGCUUCCAGCUGUAUGACGAGUGGAUUCAAGCAUCGAACAUUUCUGACCCAGAUAAGAGGCUGCAGGCUCUGUGGGUGGUAUGUGACAAUUUGCCAAAGGCCAACAAGUCUAAUUUGAGGUAUCUAGUAAAGUUUCUUGCCAAGUUAGCUCAGGAGAGUGAGGUCAAUAAGAUGACCCCGAGCAACAUUGCCAUUGUACUGGGACCCAACCUGCUGUGGGCCAAGACUGAGGGAUCCCUUGCUGAAAUGGCAGCUGCUACCUCUGUCCAUGUAGUGGCCAUAAUUGAACCCAUCAUCCAGCACGCAGACUGGUUCUUCCCAGAUGAAGUGGACUUCAAUGUGUCCGGCAUGUUUGCCAUGCCUACCGCCCCCACGCACCAGCUCAGCUACCCAGGCACCCCUGAGCCGGAGCCAGCCACGAUCGACAGAAGGCGUCCGGGCAGCAUGGGGGCGCUUGAAGCUGAAAGCCCCCGUAAAGACAGCCCCGCUAGCAAACAGCCGGAGCACGCACCUCGUAGAGCCACCACUCUAAAUAGAAAGCAGCACUCCUCCCCUUCCUUCCAGCCCCCUCUCCCUCCGGUGGAGGCAGAGGAGGCACCCCUUCAGUGUCCCGUAGGGGGCCCAGAGGCUGGCCUGGCAGGAGCUAUAAUGGCUCAGACCCAGCAGCCUUUAGUUCAGCAGCAAUCUGCUGAGGACAACAGUAGUGUCUUUCGGGAGCCAGCCUCCACACCACCGUCCCUCAGGAAUGGGCCUGGAGGCCCCACUGGAAUGCCUGGACAGCUGACUGUGGGGACCCCAAUGUCUGCUUCCAAGGGUCCGAGUCCACACAUGGUGCGCAGAGGUACCAAGAAGCAGGCCCCGGCACCACCCAAAAUAGCCCCCAGCCCCUCUGCCUCCACAGCCCAGAUGCCUAAAGUAGCACCCAGCCCCUCCACCCCAGUCCCAGGCCUGGUGUCCAGCACAACUCAGCCUGCACCCACACCCCGUCGCCACUCCAACAACCAGAUACCCAUCCAGGCCCCGAGUCACCCUCCUCCACAACCCCCUGCACAGAGCGCAGCCGAGCCAGAGCAAUCACCACCUAGCAGCCCCACUCCGCCAGACACGCCUCCACACGAUGGCUCCCAGGCCACUCUGCCCUCCUCCUUUAACUCCGGCUCUCUCACUCGCCCCCGGCCCGCCCCCAGACCUCGGCCCAGGCCCAGCGUUCCCCCGCCCCCACAGCCUGAUGGCUCUAAUGGAGUAUGCGGCUCCGCGUCCAAGAUUAUCACAGAUGGGGGCGUGUCUUUGAAGGGGCCAGGGCGGGUCCUUGUCCCUGAGAUAGCUGUGGAACAGCCUGAGGCCACACCCCCUGAAGCUGAGCACCAUUCAGAGAGCACCAUGCUGUGAAGGGAAGGUGAAAGUCAUCCUCACUCUACAGCCUACCACUCCACUCAAUCCUGUUUAGAAGCAUAGACCGACAGUCAGUCUUAGUGUUAUUGGGCCUGGACCUGAACCAAAUCUUCUGAGCACUGAUGGAGCUUCUUCGAGGCUGUUACUGUUUCUAUUUUCAUCAUUUCAUGUUGUAAUCCUGUCCCAGGAAGCAAGCAGAAGACAUGCUGUAAACUGUACCAAUACCAUAUUCUGGCCAUAAACUCUCAUUUCUCUAUCAUGCUGGAUUUCCUGUGGCUCGGGCUUUAACUUUUGAAAAAUGAAUGUUUAUGUGCAUUUUUUUUUUGCUAUAUACCCAUGUGUGUAUUAUUACUUGUGCCUUUGAAAGUGUUUUUACUGCAGGACUGUAAGGGAAGGGAGAAACCAAAGCAAACAAGCAUGGCCUUUUCACAUGGACACUCCGAGUCUGUCAGUGUAGUGCAAUGUAGGUAGGCUAUGUUAUCUUUCUGCCUUCCACUCAGCUAAAUCGUCCUUUUUCACUGUGCCACAUUUCAUUUUCUGUGUCUGAGAGAUUAUGCUGGAGUGACUUUUUUUUCCAAAAUAGACCAAAGACUUAGGAAAUGAAUCGGCUGAUCAUAUUGAAACACGAUUUCAAAUGGCACACAUAUGGGAAUGCAGUAUAUGGCAAAAUAUCAUAUAUUUUAGAAUAUUUUCAUGCCUGUGGUGCAAUAUUAUUUGCAUUUUAGUAUUUUUUUUUUUCAUUUAUGAUCUAGACAAUCACUUUUUUUUAUCUACUUACAUGUUUUACUGUAAAGUCGAUCUUUUUCAGAUUUUUUCACUGGCUUUAAUUUGAUGGACCAAAGCAUACAGCAAUAAAACAAAUUCAAUCAAGAAUAAAAUGACCACAUUUCUGCUGGAACAUGUCUUAUAUAGGUGUGAUUCUGCAUUUUGUUUCAACAGUAAUGUACCCACCCAUAAGUGUUUGGUCACUAAUAAAUUACCUCAGUUUGAAAUUGAAAUGUUUUAGCAGAACUGCUGUUGCUGUUCAUCUCUUAAUAAACUAGGUGGGAUAUUUAGGAGGAAAAGCUGCACAACUUUCAUGUAGUGCCAAAAACGGCACAAUGCUGAAUUCCGAGAAGAACUGUUGAUAGAACCUUUUGUUUCUUUUUUUUAGUGCAUUUUAUGAUGUUUUUUUCCCCCCAUAGUUUUUCCUUUUAGCAGUUACUUUAGCUCUGAGCCUGAAAAUCAUGGUCCAACAAAAAUGUGGAUGAAUACUUUAAUGGAUCAGUUAAACUCAGGAAAUAGUCAAUUGGAAAACCAACAGCCGUUCAUCCACUUCAUUACUGACUUGCAAAAUCCUUGUUUCUGUGACAGGCUCUCCUAAAGGACUUUUACAGGCUUGUAAAUGGUGAUUUUUGUUUUUCUUAAUGCUUUAUUUUUAUGUACUUUUCUACUUUGUGUGCACCUUUUCUGCAGCUGAACCAGUCUGUUCUGCACACUUCUUGAGUGAACAAAGAUUGCUGCUGUUAUUCUUACACAGCAAGUUUAUUGAUUAUAUGAAUGCCUGGCAAUAAGAAAAUAAAUCUGAAAUCAAAACGUA